CCAGUUUCAGUGACUCAAAGGAGAAUUUAAGACCUGCCUGGGGUUCAAACAUCAACACUCUCAGGUAGCAGCUGGCACCCAUUCAGUAAAUCCAAGGAGCUCAAACAGACUCAUAAUUCCUGAAAAUCCAGAGUUGGAGUGUCCUACUUGACCACAUACAGCAGUCUCUUCCCUCAGGUGUCCUCACCUUUCUCCUGAAAUAAAUCUUCUCUCUCCUGGGUCUUCACUCCUGUGCCUCACUGCACCUGGCAACUCCCUAAGAAAAACCAAUGGAGCUGCAGCUCAGAGAGGCCUCCACAGCCCCCGCUCCAGUGCCAGCUGAGCUGGAGGUGUUGCUACCAACACAAAAGGCAAAGAUGGUUAAGCUUUGUAAAGACUGAGAUGUACAUGUGUCCCCCCCACCCGUGCCUUUUUACCCCUCCCGCUGAAGAGCUGUUUUUCCAGAGUUCAUAUUUACUCCUGACAGUAUCAGCUCGUCCAAGCUCUAGGAUUUAUUUCUCCCAUCAUCUCACCUGUUGCCAUCAUGUUUCCAGGUGUCCAAACCUGCUGUCCCUGACCCUGUCUGGAUGUGGCCAUGUCACAGAUGACUCCAUCCUGCUGCUCCUCAGGAGCUGCCCCAAGCUGAGGACACUCAAGCUGGAGAACUGUGUGCGGAUCACGGACCGGAGCCUGCAGGCCGUGACCCUGCACGGGGGGGCCCUGCACACCCUGCACGUGGAUUUCUGCAGGAACAUCACCCAGGCUGGGCUGCAGAGGGUCAGGGAACAGUGUCCUUCAGUGAUGCUGAGAGCAGAGAGAAGUGCCAACAUGAUCCCAGACAGCCAGCCAGACAAAAAGCUGAGGCUUGAAAGAGCAUCAAGAAAGCUGGUUGAGCUUUAGGUGCAACAGACUGUGGGGUGGGGAUGAUCAGGGUGGGUAUCUCACCUCACCUGAACUUGGAGCAAUGACCUGUGGCACUUCCCUGCCUUCUGGUUAAGUCCAAACAAAUGGCUGGUUUGUUUUGUUAAGGGUGCACUGGGAAAAGGCAUUUCCACCAGGAAAUUUCCACCAGUUUGCUCUCUGUUGUUCCUUGAAACUGGAACCCCUGCCCUGCUGUCACACAAUGCCAGACCUGCCCCAAACUGCAGUUCGGGUCCCUCCUGCUGUGGGUGAGUGCAAUGCACCUCACUCAGGAGGGAGCAGCAGGAUCUUUGAUUGAGGCCAAAUUAUAGUUCAAUAAAUUUGAUGGAAUUUAACAAAGUUUCA